GCGGAGCUGAUCGAAAUUGUGUUUAUAUAAAUUUAAAAUUUUGUAACCUUUAGCAAUGUUACGAUUGGCUUUGAAAUAUCGAAAUAGAAAACCCAAGCAGGUGCCGUGCCUCUGCAUGAAAAUAUUGAGUUCUAAUUAUUCAACUAUACUCAACAAUUAUCGAUUACGAAAAGCUUGCGACUGGCACAGGCACAAUCCUGUCACUCCAUAUGUGGUACCACGGCAAUGGAAUGUUCCACAUACAAGACAAUAUGGCAUGAUUGUAGUUCGAGUUUUGCGAGGAGCUCUAAAGUUACGUUAUAUAUUGUUAGGAGGUGCUAUUGGCGGCGGUGUAUCUCUUACCAAAAAAUAUGAAGAUUGGAAAGAUGGACUGCCUGACAUGAAAUGGUUAGAGGAAGUAUUUCCUCAAGGAAGUCAAUGGAAUAAUGUAUCGAAAAAACUGGUGGAAAUAAGCAAUGCUAUUAAAGAUGUUAUUGAAAUAGAUCCAAAGCUUAAACAACUUGGAGAUGAAAAAUUAUCUGAAUGGAGAAUGUGGUUUGAUAACCGUUUGGAUGAUGCUAUUGAGGCGGCUGAUUAUAAUGGAACAAAAUUUAUUGAAUCAAACGAUGACAUAAAAGCAAAAACGACAGUUUCCGCCUUGAGUCUUUCAAAUGAUGAAAGUCGAAAGAAAUAUGAAUCUUUGCAAUCUCAAGUGGAAGCCCUUCAAACAGAAAUAAUGAACGUUCAAAUUAAAUAUCAAAAAGAAUUAGAAAAAAUGGAAAAGGAAAACCGCGAAUUACGUCAGCAGUAUUUAAUUUUAAAGACAAACAAAAAAACUACAACAAAGAGAAUCAAAAAAUCUUUGAUUGAUAUGUAUUCUGAAGUUCUAGAUGAGCUCUCGGGGUAUGAUACUAGUUAUUCUGUAGCAGACCAUUUGCCACGUGUUGUAGUGGUAGGUGACCAAAGCAGCGGGAAGACUUCCGUACUUGAAUCAAUUGCCAAGGCACGAAUUUUUCCACGUGGUAGUGGUGAAAUGAUGACGCGAGCCCCGGUUAAAGUAACAUUAGCAGAAGGUCCCUAUCAUGUGGCUCAAUUCCGUGAUUCAGAUAGAGAAUAUGACUUAAAUAAAGAGGCAGAUUUGUCAGAACUUCGUCGUGAAAUUGAACUUAGAAUGCGUGCAUCAGUACGUGGGGGGAAAACGGUCAGUAAUGAUGUGAUAUCAAUGACGGUUAAAGGACCGGGAUUACAACGCAUGGUACUCGUGGACUUACCGGGAAUUAUUUCGACUAUGACUGUGGAUAUGGCUUCAGAUACGAAAGAUUCAAUACAUCAAAUGACUAAACAUUAUAUGAGUAAUCCCAAUGCCAUAAUUCUUUGUAUUCAGGAUGGUUCAGUUGAUGCAGAACGUAGUAAUGUUACUGAUCUAGUAAUGCAAUGUGAUCCUAUGGGAAGGCGCACUAUUUUCGUAUUAACCAAAGUAGAUUUAGCUGAAGAACUAGCUGAUCCAGACAGAAUUAGAAAAAUUUUGUCCGGAAAAUUGUUUCCGAUGAAAGCCAUUGGGUAUUAUGCUGUAGUCACAGGUCGCGGUCGUAAAGACGAUAGCAUUGAAGCUAUUAGACAAUAUGAAGAAGAUUUCUUUAAGAACUCAAAGCUUUUCCAUCGACGAGGGGUUAUAAUGCCACACCAAGUUACAAGCAGAAACCUGAGUUUAGCAGUAUCUGAUCGUUUCUGGAAGAUGGUCAGAGAAACAAUAGAACAGCAAGCAGAUGCAUUUAAAGCAACUAGAUUCAAUUUAGAAACUGAAUGGAAAAAUAACUUUCCCCGUUUACGAGAGUCCGGAAGGGAUGAACUUUUUGAUAAAGCUAAAUGUGAAAUUCUAGAUGAAGUUGUAACAUUAUCUCAGAUUUCAUCAAAGAAGUGGGAAGAAGCUUUAAAUGGAAAGCUUUGGGAAAAACUUUCUAAUUAUGUCUUUGAAAAUAUUUAUCUUCCGGCCGCUCAGUCAGGUUCUCAAAGUAAUAUUAUGAAAACGUAGUAGAAUAUAAGUAAAAUUCAUCAAUUCAUUUUUAGCUUAUGAUUUUGUAUAUGCGUUAAAAAAUUUCCAAUAUAUGAAGUAAUAUGCCGCUGGUAAGGAGUAAUAUUGCAAAUAU